UCUUUGGGCCCCCCCCCCGGGGAUCAAAGUUGUUAAUUGGAUGCAGUCGCUCUCAGGGUCUAACCCACACGUGGGAUCCCCACUCACUCCCGCCAUCAGAUCUUAGGGAGCAGGCUGCAUCAGAGAGUCUCCGCAAUUUCUUCUCCGUCACCUCCGUUCUUCCCUUCCUCCUUCCACCUUAAUCAUGGGGAGGACCCCGAAAAGAGUGAAGAAGUGCUCUGGUUGUGGCGAGCCGCUGUCUUGUCACAAGGCGGGCCAAUACGGCAAGCACUGCCAGGGGGUUGCCAAGGAUCCGCCGGCAGACAAGCAGCCCAUCGAGCUCGAGGACCCCAACCCUAAGUCUGCGAUGGACGUCCUGGAACAGCGCAAGGCUGAGUUGGAGAAGGCCAUCGCGGAAGCGGAGCUUAGAAACGAGGUGGCAGCCCUUGAGAAGAGACUAGGGGCUCUGAAAUCAAGCGGUCCAACCCCCCCGUCAGGCGAGGCGAAGCAGACCGGCCCCAAAGUAUCCACGUCGGCAGAGGAGGCGGCUACACUCGGCGCGGCUCUCCACCUGGGCCCCGGCGACCUGACACUAGACCACCUACGAAUGAACAAGGAGCUCGUCACAAGGGUGAACGAGAACUACCCAGACCUCGAGUUCGUCACCCCGGACAGCAAAAAGGCUCCCGCUAAAGGUCCUGCGUCUCAACUGUGUCUCCUGGACCGACAAGUGGCCGCCUCCAAAAGGUCAGCUUUCGCCACCGGGACAUACAACAAUCUUCGGACGCAGUGGCGCUCCUUCCUCCUGUUCUGCGAGUAUUUCGGCCUCCCGGCUCUUCCCACGGACGUUCCCACCCUAGCCAGGUAUGCGCAGUUCCUUUCCAGGUCAUGCAAAAGCCCGGACACCAUCAAAAUCUACGUCCACGGCGUCCGGCAGCUGCACUUGUUUCACGGCCUGACCGCGCCUCCGGCGAACGCCUUCGAUCUUAAACUCGUUCUCACCUCCCUCUCCAGGCACUCCGCGCACGUCAGCCAGCAAAAGUUGCCUAUCACGCCUUCGAUUCUACUACGCCUCAGGUCUCUGUUGGAUCUACGGCGCCCACUCCACGCCACACUCUGGGCGGCCUUUUGCGUCGGUUUCUUCACCCUGCUACGCAAGUCUAACCUUGUUCCUCCAUCGGGGACGGCCUUCUCUCCCGACAAACACCUCGCUCGCGAGUCGAUUCAGCUCACUGCGGACGGUUUAAUGGUUCACGUUAAGUGGUCCAAAACGAGACAGUUCCGACAACGAGUUCUGCAACUUCCAGUGUCCGCCAUACCCGGCCAUCCCCUCUGUCCGCGUCAGGCUGUUCUCAAUAUGCUCCACCUUCUUCCGGCUAAGGACAGCUCACCCGCGUUUCUCGUCCCAGCCAGCGGUGGCGGACUGGUGUCGCUCACACACGCCACCUUCGUGUCCCACCUUAAGACCUUGCUUGAAGCCGCAGGCCUUCCCUCAGCACAGUACUCCGGGCACAGCUUCCGUCGCGGCGGAGCUACCUUCGCCUGGCGCUGCGGCGCCGACUCCAACACGAUUAAACUGCUAGGGGACUGGUCGUCCGACGCGUACGAAGUGUACUUGGACUCCUCCCUUGAACAGCGCCGGUCCUUCGGGAAGCACCUCGCCGACACCAUCAGCCGCGGCCUUCUUGGCUGACCGCUAGCCGGCCUGUCCUCCCAUCUCCCAAAACCUGCUACCGCAAUUGUCUGACAGCACUCCAACUAGAUAGGUUCGGCAUGCGUGCUUUGGUCCUGUGCAAAAUUUCAAUGUUCAUUACAUAUUAUUCAGGAGACUAUUUGGUAUUAUAUUGUAUAUAUUCUUCAUUAGCUUGUUCCGUAGUUCGAAUGUUCUGUAGUUUAGUCUUCGCGUUCUCUGUACGAGCUACAGUAGCACUCGCACUUGUUGUGUACGGUUAGGACUACAUUACGUAUUAUAGUCUAACUUGUAUUUAUUGCGUGUUUAAUAGGCAUUACCCUCGGGCUUUACUGGGGUCCGCUCCUCCACUCUCUGCACGCCCCCCCUUCCUUUUCUUCUCUUUCGGCUCCGCUGGGUCUGGUCCUGGUGAAUUUGUCGUUUUUAUGCUUCGUUAUUAAAGUUUACCAGCCCAGCACAGUCUCUAGUCCGUCAUUGGGAGCGUGCAGAUAAUUGUGGAUCUUUGGGCCCCCCCCGGGGAUCAAAGUUGUUAAUUGGAUGCAGUCGCUCUCAGGGUCUAACCCACACGUGGGACCCCCACUCACUCCCGCCAUCAGAUCUUAGGGAGCAGGCUGCACCCACCCACCCACUCUUGCAGGUACAUCACAAACCACAUACAACGUAAAUGCUCUUGUUGGCGGUGAAGUGAUUCUACCGUGUGACUACGACCAGGCUAAUGAUGGUUACAUACUCUCUGUGACCUGGACAGUCACAAGCGGAGGGAGUUCUAUAAACUUGUACAUCAAGACAGGGGGAACUACAGACAACCAGGCAACACCUCCUGCUGAGUAUGCAGGGCGUCUGGAAAUGGUUGGUGACGUCAACUUGAAACUGACCGGAGUAACACUUGAUGAUGAAAGACAGUACAAAUGUGCUGUAACAGCUUCGGUGAACAGUGAAACGUCUUUUGUCAACUUGCAGGUGUUGAUGAUUGCGUCUGUGGUGAAAGACACAUCAAAAAUCCUUCUCUGUGAACACGGUGCAUCUGCUAUUGUCGCCUUCAUAUGGAAAAAAGGUGGAACGGUCAUUAUCCAAGGUUUCAUCCGCACAAAUGGUCAGAUGAUCAUCACUAUUGACAGUAUGCCAGAUAAAACAGAGCUGUUGCUCCAAAACGGCAGCCCCAACAUGAGACUGGACAACAUAGAGAUUGCUGAUGAAGGAACGUACAGUUGUGAGGCUAUAGAACAAGAUGGAACACUGACGGUUUUGAUAUCAGAGCUGCUUGUCAGAGUACAACCAACAACAGGUCCUAUUGUUCAAGUCCAGUUUGACCCCCCGACCUCCAGUAUGUCAGAGGUACCACUCAACACCACCGUCACCUUCACCUGUACCAGUACAGGGGGGCGGCCACCUGCCACUCUUGGCUGGUCUCUCACAGAAAGUGGCACAACGGUGUCUGCAAACCCCACAUACACAUCCUCUAAUAACUCCCAGGGAGUGGGAGACGCCACAUCAACAUUCAACUUUACUACAACAAAGUACGGAGUGACGUACAGGGUACAGUGUACAGCUUCAGGACCAGAUCCUAUCCAAUCCAGCACAUCAGCUAUAACCAGCUUCACUACAGAGAAAGAUCCAAGUGCCAUUUCUACUACACCAAAGGGGCAGACAGGUAUU